AUGGUAUCAAAUGAAGAUGAUAUUUCGCUAAUUCAGAAGAUGAGCGACGACGAGGAGGAACAAGAAGAAGAAUCCUCGAAUGAGGAAAGAACGAGUGUCGAAGAAAGCAAAGAUAGAGCCGUAUUUGUGUACGAUCGUGAAGAUCAAGAAAUUCCAGAAAACAUGAAAAAGACCAUGACGAAGUUGUUUGUGCGCGGGCCUGUAAAGACCAUUGGAGAGAAGGCCUUUUAUGGAUGUGCAAAUUUAAAAGAAAUUGAUUUCAGCCAAGCAACAGCUUUGGAAAUGAUUGGAAAAGAAGCCUUUCAGAAUUGCCCUAGCCUUGCUUCUUUCAAGUGCCCAGACAACGUCAUCUACAUUGGAGCCAAAGCCUUCGCUGAAUGUAAAAACCUGGAGACAGUUGAUUUAAGUGAGGCAACAAGUUUGGAAAUGAUUGGGGAUGGAACCUUUAUCGAUUGCCGCAAUCUUGAGGAGCUUUCAAUCCCUUCCCACGUGACUGCUAUCGGUAAAGAUGUAUUGAAUGAAUGUAGCUCACUGCAAUCUUUGGAGAUUCAUAGUCGGGAUCCAGCCAUCCUCAUCCGAUUGUAUACACAGCUCAACAAAGAUCAAAAGCAUUUGAUUUAUUGGGAUAAUAUUGUGAAUCUCUAUGCCUCCAAUCCAAUAAAGAGAUCCGAGUUGGUGGAGAACUGGGGCGAAGAUGUAAGAGUUCUUGAAAAAGUAAGAGCGGAUUACAUUUCUUCCAUUAUUGGGGAAUCAUGGCGCUUGCUUUCGAUUCCGGAACGCAAUGGGUGGGUGCAAUUAUUGGCGAACACUGCAGGUGACGAGGACGAGCCAUACAUGAGAAAGUUGUGCGCCUUUCUGAAAGAGAAGGCCAAUAUGAAAACAGUCCAACAACUCGCCUACACUAAAGAUCAUUCUGGGCGUGUUGCAAAGUCGGUUGCACCUAGACACAUCCGAACAGUGUUUGAAGAGCGACUGAUCUUUCUCGGCCGAUACAAUAUUGAAAAAGAGCCACCCAUUCAUCAGUCUGCAACUUGUGUUGUUAUCAAGGCAAAGGAUAACAAGAUGGUGGAGUACUUCCAAGAGAAGUAUAAAGAGUAUGAAGGCGACAAAGUAGACGAGAAAGGGUUCAAAGAGAUAUUGAGGAAGAUAAAGCUCAUUCCUCAUGACGACAAAAACAUCAAUUAUUUGUUCAAACGCGCAGUCAACCGCCCAAAUGAAAAGGUGAUUUCCGAAGAAAAGUUCGUUGCCUUUUGUUUGGCGGAAAUUGGUGGCGAUGUGGUUCUAAAGCUGAUGCGGAAUAAGGAUCAGUUUCGCCGAGAAGUUGAUUGUCGUGAGGAGAAUGGUUUGAAUUCGAAGUAUGUUCUAGGUAGUUUCCGUUCCCAUGAUGAAUGGAGCGAUAGUGCAUUGGUCCAAUCGCUACAGGACUCGCUGGUGCCAGAAAAUGGCUUAUUUCUGGAGAAGGACUCGGCAAAGGAAUACUGCAAUAUAUUGGUGAUGCCUAAUGGAGAUCGGAACUUGGACACAAUCUUUCGAAGUGAGCGGCCCACACCAAAUGCUGUCACCAGUUUGAUGACAGAAGUUGGAGAAGCGCUGAAGCAUUUACACAUGAAGGACAUUGUCCAUGGUGACAUAAAUACGUUGAAUGUGGUGAGAACAAAUCAUGGGCUGAAACUGAUUGAUUUGGAUGCAUCGACAAAAGUUGGUAAGUACAUCGGGUCGAAGUUUUCUUCCGGUGUACUCCCCCCCGAGAUGAUUUAUGAGCUGAAAAAUCGAAAGGAGCUGGAUAUGUUUAGGGAUUAUGUUGAGAAAGGAGCAACGAGCGAAGCGGAGAAAUAUAAGAGGAAGGUUUUGCUCACAACUGGCCAAGGAAAGCGCUGCUUUGUAGUUCGUUCGUUUUGGGAGGAGAGGCAAGCAGUGAAAACAAGGGACGCGGCGUUCGAGGGAAAGAACGAGUUGGAGAAGAAGUUGGUGCCCCUUGCAAUGGACGAGCUGCCCUACGAGCUGGUGCGUGCUCAUCCGAGUCUGGAUGUUUGGUCAUUUGGUGUGCUGUUAUUUGAGCUUUUGACAAAGGAGUGUCUUUUCAAGAUAAACAGUGAGAAUGAUAUCACAGAUGGAGAUUCGAUGAGACAGCUAUUCGACUGGACUGAUGAAGACAUGAAGAAUAUUUUGAAGCUCAAAGUAAAAGAUGCCUAUGCUUGUGAUUUGCUGGAGCAGAUUCUUCUCCGGAAGGCAGAAGAUCGGUUGACUAUUGGAAAAGUGCUUGGUCACCGUUACUUCAAUCCAGAUGCUGUGAGGUCAGAGAUCAAAUUUAUUUACCAAGAGGAAAAUCAAGAAAUACCCUUGGACAUCCGAAAGACCAUGACAAAAUUGAUUGUGCGUGGGCCUGUGAAGACUAUUAGAAAGGAAGCCUUUAGGGAAUGUGAAAAUCUGAAAGCAGUUGAUUUCAGCCAGGCAGCAGCUUUGGAAAGAAUUGGAGAUUCAGCCUUUUCCAAGUGUAUACGCCUUACUACUUUCAAAUGCCCAUCCAACGUCAAGACUAUUGGAAGGGGGGCCUUUGCGUUGUGUUUCAAUCUGAAGGAAGCUGAUUUCAAUGAAGCAACUGCUUUGGAAAGAAUUGAAGAGAGAUCCUUUUACCAAUGCACGACCCUCCUUGAUUUCAAGUGCCCAUCGAAUGUAAGGAUCAUCGGAAGGAGCGCCUUUAAGGAAUGUGAAAAGCUAGAAGAAAUUGAUUUCAGCAAGGCAACAGCUUUAGAAACGAUCGGAGCGGAAGCCUUUUGUAUUUGCAAUAAUGUCGCUACUUUCAAGUGUCCAUCGAAGGUCAAGACUAUUGGGAAUGGCGCCUUUGCAGAUUGUAAAGCUCUUUUUCAAGUUGAUUUUGCUGUGGGAUCAGCUUUGGAAGCAAUUGGAGAAAAGGCCUUUUUCAAAUGCCCUAGUCUUGGUUGUACUCUCAAGUGCCCAUCCAACGUCAAGAUUAUUGGAAAUCAAGCCUUUGAGGGUUGUGAAACUCUAAAUGAAGUUGAUUUCAGCGAGGCCACCGCGCUGGAAACAAUUGGAGAGAGGUCAUUUUAUCAGUGCACGACCCUUCUUGUUUUCAAUUGCACAUCCAAUGUAAGGACCAUUGGAAGGAGUGCCUUUGAGGAAUGUCAGAAGCUAGAAGAUGUUGAUUUCAGUGAGGCAACAGCUCUGGAAACGAUUGGAGAAAGAGCCUUUUACAAAUGUUGCCAAAUGGGGGAUCCUUUUCAUGUUUCCAAGUGCCCACCCAAUUUGAGGAUCAUUGAAGCUCAAGCCUUUGCACAAUGUAACAAUCUGAAAGAAGUCAAUUUGAGUGAGGCAAAAGCUUUGGAGACGAUUGGAAAUGAAGCCUUUUGCAACUGUCCUGAACUUGAGAAAUUUUGCGUCCCUUCUGACCUGGCUGUUGUCGGAAAAGAUGCCAUAGGAGAAUGCAAAAAACUCAAAUCGUUGUGCAUUCCUAGUGUAAAUCCAGCUAUUCACAUCCGAUUGUACACACAACUUGGCAAGGAUCAAAGAAAGUAUUUGAUUCAAUGGGACAAAAUUAUUGAUCUCUAUGCCUCCAACCCAAUAAAGAGAUCUGAGUUGGUGGAGAACUGGGGCGAAGAUGUAAGAGUUCUUGAGAAACUCAGGGUAGACUAUAUCCGUUCUAUUAGAGAAGGUAGAAAAAACCUGCUUUCGAUUCCUGAACGCAAUGGAUGGGUGCAAUUUCUGAAGAACAAUGUUGAUGACAAAGACAACACAACUGUGAUCGAGUUGUGCACCUAUCUGAAAGAGAAGGCCGAUAUGAAAACAGUCCAACAACUCGCCUACACUAAAGAUCAUUCUGGGCGUGUUGCAAAGUCGGUUGCACCUAGACACAUCCGAACAGUGUUUGAGGAGCGACUGUUCUUUCUCGGCCGAUACAAUAUUGAAAAAGGACCACCCAUUCAUCAGUCUGCAACUUGUGUUGUUGUCAAGGCAAAGGAUGCCAAGAUGGUGGAGUACUUCCAAGAGAAGUAUAAAACGUAUGAAGGCGACAAAGUAGACGAGAAAGGGUUCAAAGAAAUAUUGAGGAAGAUAGAGCUCAUUCCUCAUGACGACAAAAACAUAAACUGUUUGUUCGAACGCGCAGAUGUGGACAAAACCAAGCUGAUUUCCGAAGAAGAGUUUGUUAACUUUUGUUUGGCGGAAAUUGGUGGCGAUGUGGUUCUAAAGCUGAUGCGGAAUAAGAAUCAGUUUCGCCGAGAAAUUGAUUGUCGCAAGCACUAUAGUUUGAAUUCGAAGUAUGUUGUUGGUUGUAUCCGAAUCCAUCAUAAAGAAAAAAAUAGUGCAUUGGUCCAAUCGCUACAGGACUCGCUGGUGCCAGAAAAUGGUUUACGUCAGGCUUUUCUUGAGGAGGGCGGUGUCUCUGCAGAGGAAUACUGCAACGUAUUGGUGAUGCCUAAUGGAGAUCGGAACUUGGACACAAUCUUUCGAAGUGAGCGGCCCACACCAAUUGCCAUCCGCAGUUUGAUGACAGAAGUUGGAGAGGCAUUGAAGCAUUUACACCUGGAGGGCAUUGUCCAUGGUGACAUAAAGAUGUUGAAUGUGGUGAGAACAAAUCAUCGUAUGAAACUGAUUGAUUUGGAUGCAUCGACAAGAGUAGGUGAUAUCAUUGGGUCAAAGUUUUCUUCGGGUGUUAUUCCUCCGGAGAUGAUAUAUAGACUUAAAACUGAAACUGAGGUAAAAAAGUAUGGGGAGUAUGUUGAGAAAGGAGCAGCGAGCGAAGAGGAGAAAAAUAAGAGGAAGGUUUUGACCACAACUGGCCAAGAAAAGCAUCACUUUGUAGUUCGUGCCUUUUGGGACGAGACGCAAGAAGUAAAAACGAAGGACAAGUCCAAGGGCAAGGUCAAGGAAAGGGAGGUUCUCUCUGCUGUAGAUGAAAGAGACACGGCUGCUGCUUCAGAACUCGUUGAUGCCGCCGCAGCCAUGGAAGAGAAGCAUGCAGUUAUUGCUCCGGAAGCUAGUGGUAUUCAUGUUUCAGUGGAAGUAAAGGAAGCAGCCCCUCCACCCACUGAUCCUCCUGCUGCUGUCUCCAUUGUUUUGGCCACUGGAAUUGUCCAGAGCAUUGUGACCACUCAUGGCAAGAGACAAAAGGAUGCUGUGAAGGAAACACCAACACCAAUUAAAAUGGAGGUGCCACCCUACAAUCUGGUGCGUGCUCAUCCGAGUCUGGAUGUUUGGUCAUUUGGUGUGCUGUUGUUUGAGCUUUUGACAAAGGAGUCUCUUUUCAAGAUGAACAGUGAGAACGAUAUCACAGAUGGUAAUGUGAUGAGCCAGCUAUUCGACUGGAACAAUAAAGCGAUGAAGAGGAUUUUGAAGCUCAAAGUAAAGGAUGCAAAUGCUCGUGAUUUGCUUGAGCAGAUUCUUCUCCGCGAACCCACAGAUCGGCUGACUAUGGACGAAGCCCUAGCUCAUGACUACUUCCAACCUGAUCGUGUGGAAUCAAAUUCAGCAACAUUGAGACGAAUUGAGCAAAUAGCUCUGGAGAGUAGAGAAAUUAUGACAUCCAAUUUUGCACAAAUUCACAAAUCACUGAAGUGUGUCAUCAGCCACCAAAAAGCAGCCAACAAACUGUUGAAAGCAAUCUUUGAGGGAAAGAAGUGGCAACCAAAGUAUUUUGUGAUUCUUCCAGCGGCCGAACAGGUCAGUCAAGAGAAGGGUUUCUCUCGCUUUUUGAUAACAAUGAAGAAAGCUGGAAAUCCAAGUACUUUCUUGAAGGAUAAUUUUCUCACUACCAAAGCAAGGUUGUGCUUCAUUUGUCCACUAUCCCUACAACCUGUUGUGGGAAUGGAUGGGAAUGCGAUUGGGUAUGAUAUUCAGAUGCCCACUGAAUGGAUCAAGACAUAUGGGCCUGCUAUUCUCAUUGGACUGAAAAUUUUCCAAGUAGGACUGGCAGUGGGCCGUGGGUUCGGUCUCCCCCUCCCAUCAUUAAGUGAGGCUGAAGAAGAACUGAAAGAGACUUCUAAUUUAUUUUCGGAGAUGCAAGGGUUGUUGGUUAAUGGAAUGGGCGGCGAAGGCGGAGAGGAUACCUUUGCUGAAACGUUGCUGGAACAAUUCACAGAUGAAAUGGAUAGCGCAGCUUCUGAUGAAGGUCCAGGCAUGGAAAAGAACCAUCUCAAUAGAAUUAAAAUGGCGUAUAAAGGCAUUGGCUCACUUAUUGAAGACGAAGAAUUUGAGCGGUGUGGUCUUGUCCAGGCGAUCAGCGAGGAUGGGGCCGAAUAUGAAUAUGUGCAUCCAGAUGUGGAGCCACUAUUUCAAAAGUUUGGAUCAAAAUGCAUGGAGAUGCCGAUGGAAAAAAGGGAAAAGGAAAUUGCGAUGUUGGCAGCAGCAGCUCGAGAUGGAAGCAAGGAUACUCAAAAGGGAAGAGGCAAAGAAACGAAGCACAAGAUUGCUGUUUCGGUACCGUUGGCGCCAUCAAUCGGUAGUCCUCAAACGGAGCUGGACAAGCAAGGGCAAGUAGGGCGGAAGCAACUAUCAUCCACAAGUGCUGACAGAGCAGUAAUUACACGCUUGGAAGACAUGAUGAACAAAAAGAUCGACUCCUCCAUUCAGCAAGAGUUGCAAGGGAUACCACAGGGAUCCAACCAGGUGGUUCACAAGGGCUGGUUACGCAUGCAAAGCCGCCGGCCUCCCUUUCUUUGGAAUCAACGUUAUGUGGUUGUCUACAAGAAUGGCAGCAUUACACAGCAUACAAAUGUUGGUUCAACUUUUUCUGCUGUCAAAUGGAUUGAUAUGGAGGAUGGAACCACCAUGGAGCUACGUUCUGGAGAGAAAUUGAUUGCAAAAGCCAAAUCGUCGAAGCGCUGUACCAGUACCAUUUACGACUGGUGUCGCAUCUCUAAUUCCGAUAAGGGAUCUGCAAAAUAG